CUCCGCUUUUCUCCUUCCCCUCCCCCUCCCUUCUCCCUUCUUCCCUUCUCCCUAACCCCCUCCCCCACAGCCCCCUCCCCCAAUUAUCCAUCCCUUUCCCUCCCGGUCUCCGAGGACCCCUUCCUAGCCCUACGUAUCUCGGCCGGCAACCUUCGUGAAGCCGUCGGUGCCACUCCCCGCCCAUGUGGGCCCCCGUGGGCUGCCCACGCCUGUCCCCCAGCUCCCCGUUCCGCUGGGCUUUUCCCUCGUCAGGGGUGGCUUUCUGAGCCGCCCGCUCCGUGCCCCUUUCUGCAGCCUCUCCUGCCACUCGGGGCCCCCGUUCCCCCUCCCGGCGGCGGGGGGCUGCCCCCGGGGGGCUGGCGGAGCUGGGCCGCGGGGGCCCCGGGGCCGGCGGUGCCGGGGUCAUCGGGAUGAUGCGGACUCAGUGUCUGCUGGGGCUGCGCACGUUCGUGGCCUUCGCCGCCAAGCUCUGGAGCUUCUUCAUUUACCUUUUGCGGAGGCAGAUCCGCACGGUAAUUCAGUACCAAACUGUUCGAUAUGAUAUCCUUCCAUUAUCUCCUGUGUCCCGGAAUCGGCUAGCCCAGGUGAAGAGGAAGAUCUUGGUGCUGGAUCUGGAUGAGACACUUAUUCACUCCCACCAUGAUGGGGUCCUGAGGCCCACAGUCCGGCCUGGAACGCCUCCUGACUUCAUCCUCAAGGUGGUAAUAGACAAACAUCCUGUUCGGUUUUUUGUACAUAAGAGGCCCCAUGUGGAUUUCUUCUUAGAAGUGGUGAGCCAGUGGUAUGAGCUGGUCGUGUUUACAGCAAGCAUGGAGAUCUAUGGCUCUGCUGUGGCAGAUAAACUGGACAAUAGCAGGAGCAUUCUCAAGAGGAGAUACUACAGACAACACUGCACUUUGGAGUUGGGCAGCUACAUCAAGGACCUCUCUGUGGUCCACAGUGACCUCUCCAGCAUUGUGAUCCUGGAUAACUCCCCCGGGGCUUACAGGAGCCAUCCAGACAAUGCCAUCCCCAUCAAAUCCUGGUUCAGUGACCCCAGUGAUACAGCCCUUCUCAACCUGCUCCCGAUGCUGGAUGCCCUCAGGUUCACCGCUGAUGUCCGUUCCGUGCUGAGCCGAAACCUUCACCAACAUAGGCUCUGGUGACAGCUGCUCCCCCUCCACCUGAGUUGGGGUGGGGGGGAAAGGGAGGGCGAGCCCUUGGGAUGCCGUCUGAUGCCCUGUCCAAUGUGAGGACUGCCGGGGCAGGGUCUGCCCCUCCCACCCUCUCUGCCCUGGGAGCCCUGCACUCCACUUGGAGUCUGGAUGGACACGUGGGCCGGACUCUGAAGCAGCCUCACUCUAACUUCGUGUUCACACUCCAUGGAAACUCCAGACUGGGACACAGGCGGAGGUCUAGGAGAGCUGGAACAAUGUCUGUGGUGGAGAGGCAGGACUGGCCAGAGUGAGAGACAGAUGGACGAUGAUCCGGGAGGCUCAAAGAGAAGCCAAGUCAGCUUUGUUGUGAUUUUAUUUUUUAAAAACUCUUGUAAAAAACGGAUCCAAUUCUUCACUCCUGCUCCAAGGUCUGGGCUGUGGGUGGGAGACUGGGAUUUUGGGCCACUGGACUUUCCCCGAAUUUGUCUCCCCUUACUUUCCCUCUUUUUUUCUCUCCCUAGAUUUCCUCAGAUCUGUAACCAGCUUUGUCUUUUUUUCCUUUCCUCUCUUUUAAACCAUGCAUUAUAACUUUGAAACCAAA